AUGCCCGGUGCCUCGCCUAUUUUUAAAAAAAAAGAGUUAGCCUUCAAAUAUGCAGAGCAAACUGAGAGCUUAAAACAGCUCUUGGAGAAGGAAAAGAGUCCAUCCAAUUUGAAGCAGCAGUUGCUGGCAAUGAGGGAUAUCACUAUUAAAGGAGAAACAGGAAGAGAAAAAGCCCACAAUGAGAGAGGUGUAAAGGCGCAGGAAAUCCAGUUUAAAAGGCAGGCCCAGGCCUUGGAGGUGGUAGCAGAGGGGCGUACUUCUGAGUUCUACUGUGGCAUUGCGGAGAACCAGCAGUCACAGAGGGAAUAACUGCAGCGAUCUCAGCAAUGCCAGGAGUCGCGUGCUCAAAGCCUGCUAAAAAGUCAGAAGCAACAGCUGCAGCAGGAACAGUGGUGUAUGGAGAGCUUAGGGAGGCAACUACUGCAACAGGGUGCCCCGAAAAUCACAAGAACCCUUUCCCUGGGACCCCAAAUCAAGGUUAAUCCACAGUAA